GCCAUUUAUUCUUGUUUUUGUGAUUUAACGACACCCGACUUGAAAUUGAGACUAGGAUUUGUAGGAGCAAUGACUACAUUAAUAGAGCAGUUGAUAACGAAAAUGGGCCUGCGGGAGGAGCCCAACGUGAUGGAGAAGACCACCGAAUUGGUGCGACUACUGGAGCUGCGCUCCACGAACGUCCCACUGCAGAUCAACGAGUACGGCAAGAUAGUCCUGUGCGCGGACCUCGCCUCCUGUCUGCUGGGCAUCGGCUUCGACAAGGAGCAGGCCCUCAAGUUGUCCGGCUUGCGCAAGAGCCACUACCUCAACAACAAGCGGAUGUUCGAGAAGCUCCUGGACCUGAACAAGCUGGCCAGCGUGAACGACAUUUGUGUGCAGCUGGGCCUCAACGAGGUGGCGCGCAAGGCGGAGGAGCUGAUGACCCUCUUCAAGGGCGUGGCGGCCACCGAGGACACAGGCACCGACACCACGCACCCGCAGUAUGCCGCCAUGGCCGUUUACCAGGCCUGCCGGCUGCUCAAGAAGAAGGUCUCCAAGUCCAAGCUCAUGCCCUUCAGCAACCUACGUCCCACCCAGUUUCAACAGCUCGAGCAGCAGUGGUCUCUCAUGAUAGCCAAGCACCACAAGGAGGGCAAGGUACCGGCCUGCUCCGACUUGGACGGGAAACUCAAAGAAAGCCAGCAGGAGAAUAUCAAGGGCCAGGAGGGCAAAAAGGCAAUGAAGCCCCAGACGGAGGACUACGAGAUAUGGAAGGCGCGAAUGCUGGCCGCAGCACAGGCCAAGCUAGAGGAAUUGGAGGCUUCCGAAUCCCAUACGGAUAAUCAGCUUCUGGAGGCUUAGAAAUAUCUUUUUUAUGUAUUACAACCAUGUCCCUGUAGGAUCCAGUUUUUUCAGCUAGUAGCAUCUAUUUAUUACACUCAACAUUAUCAUUAGUUGUAGUUCAAACUGUAAGAAAACACAUUAGAAACUAAAAUUGGCAUCCAUU